AUGGGCUACGGCCGUAUCAUCAUGGUGAGGCCAGCGAGCAAUCACGGCAGUCAAAGCACCGCAACAAGCGAGGAUCAGUGUCCAAUUUGCUUGAGUAACGAAGGUGAAAUGAUGAGGGGGUGGGAAUGCAAACACCUUAUUCACAAGAGAUGUCUGAACAAGUGGAUCACGAAUGAACACUCUUGGCCAACAUGUGCGGUCUGUCGACGCGCGAAGCGAGCGGCCGGCUCCACAACGAAACAGCCCCCGGCCCCGCCGACGGAUGGUACUCCAUUUCCCGGUUACACUCCAUGGCACGGCCAAGCUCACCCCACCAGCUUAGCAGCAAGCCAGCAGGACGCAGCCAUCGCACGCUCCAACCAUCACUCCACCACAUCUGUCAACGAAGCCAGGUCCGGGUGGCGCCGUUUGAUGCCGUGUAUCGCCGUCUUGACAAGCUGCUUCACCAUAGCCAUGAUUGUUAUUCUUAGUAUGCUCAAGGCACAACAUAUGUAA